CUCCAGCCAGGCCACGACGACCGAAGAAAGAGCACGACACGCAAAGGCAUCAACCUCUCUCAUCACACAAGCAUGGGUAAAGUUCACGGAUCGCUCGCGCGAGCAGGAAAGGUCAGAGGCCAGACACCCAAGGUUGCAAAGCAGGAGAAGCCCAAGACACCCAAGGGACGCGCGCUCAAGCGUAUCAAGUACAACCGUCGAUUCGUCACUGCUGCGACACUCGUCGGUGGCAAGCGUCGCAUGAACCCCAACCCUACCUCAUAAGCAUGUUCUAAUGAAUCUCAGUUCAAUUGCACUGCACGACAUUCAUCUCGACUGCCAUCCUCUCAUCUGUACUUGACAUGAUCUCAGGAAAUCACCUUGCGACAAUCAACGUACAAGAGGCGAUAUGCUAGGACACUGCUGUACAGGCGUUCAUUCACAUCACAUCAUA